AAAGCAUUUUCCCCCACCCAAAAGUUUGGCCAUGUGACCAGUCAACUUUCACCCUGGAAAGUCCGUCAUCGGAUUUCCCCUUAGCAACCAGACAGUCGCGUUAUCCUCCCCUAGCAACCGGGCAAACUUCUUUGCGGCUGAAACCAGAUGGAGGUCUGAGCUCAGGAAGGACAUCUCUGAUUGGACAACAGGCACACGGAAAUCACCUCUGACAUCACAGGAAGAGGGUAUCUACCUAGUGUGCUGGACACCUGCUUCUAGCUCUUUUAACAUUCCAUAGGAAUUCUAAGCAUCAGUUCUCUGCUCCAUCUACAGCCAAGUUUGCAACAACUCACAGGGUAACUAAGUUUGGGAAAUGAUUCGGUUAUAUGAUACCAUAGAGCCAAAUGUAAUCGAUGAAGAGUUGCUUAAAUUGGCUGUGGAAGAACAGGGACCACAAGAAGAAGCAGGGCAAGUAGCCAAACAGGAGGGCAUUAAUUUCAAAGAUGUCAGAAGUCUGCAACUGGAUUUUCAAAACAUUCUCAGGAUUGACAAUCUAUGGCAGUUUGAAAAUCUGAGAAAAUUACAGCUGGACAACAACAUCAUUGAGAGGAUAGAUGGAUUAGACAGUCUAGUUAACCUGGUCUGGCUUGAUUUAUCUUUCAACAAUAUUGAGACAAUUGAGGGUCUAGAUAAUCUAAUUAACUUAGAAGAUCUGAGCUUAUUCAGCAACCGAAUUUCCAAGAUGGAUGCUAUGGACACCUUAGUAAAACUACAGGUCUUUUCCAUAGGGAACAACAUGAUUGAUAACCUCCUUAAUGUCAUCUAUCUGAGGAGAUUCCCGGAAUUACGUUCACUCAACCUUGCUGGGAACCCUGUCUGUGAGAAUGAAGAUUAUAAGUUAUUUGUCACUGCCUACCUUGGUGAUCUAGUGUACCUGGACUUCAGGCUCAUUGAUGCACACACGAGAGAAGCUGGUUUUGCAAAAUAUCAGUACAGUAUUUAUGAACUGAAGCAUCGGGAGAAUCAGAUGCAGAACAAAUUGGAAGAAGAGAAGGCAAAUAUAGCAGAGCUGGAAAAGCAUAAGGCUGCUUAUGUCGAGUACCUGAAUGGUUCUUACCUGUUCGACAACCUUUAUUCAGAUGACACUGAAGCUGCCAAACUGGCUUAUUUGCCAGGAGUUCCGGAGCUACUGGAAACAUACAAAACCAAAUUCGUUUCAAUUUGCCAGAACAUAUUUGAUUAUGGUUUGAUACAGCAAGAGAAGAGGACAGCAGAAGUUGACCUUUUCUAUGAAUGCCUUGGAGAGGCCCUCAGUGACAAUCGAGAUCUAGGGCUGAAAACAAUCAAUGAAUUUGAAAAGAAACACGUUAAGAUGCUGCACGACAUCCGGAAUGCCAACGAGCUGCAGGUUGUGGAUGCUAAGAUGAGCGAGUGCGCUGAAGAAAUCAGUCACCUGUUUGAUAUUCUCAUGACUUAUGAAAUGCAGCUGGUUGAGCAGUUAGAGGAAUCUAUAAAUAACUUUGAAAGGAACAUUAUAGACAUGGUGGGGACAUUUGUUGAAAAUGUACAAGGCCUAAUGGCCCAGUGCCGUGACUUAGAAAACCAUCACCAUGAGAAACUUCUGGAGAUCUCUAUAAAUACCUUGGAGAAAAUAGUCAAGAGUGAAUUUGAUGAGGACCUGCCAGAUGAUGUCCGAGCGCUUUUUUCCGACAAAGAUACAGUUGUUAAUGCAGUUGGAGCAUCCCAUGACAUCCACCUUCUGAAGAUAGACAACAGAGAAGAUGAACUAAUAACCAAUGUUUCCAAUUGGUGUUCAGGUAUAGUAGAUAAGGUUCAUACUGAUGAACAUAAUAGGAACCGAAAACGAGUGAAGGAAAUCAAUCAAUAUAUCGACCAUUUGCAGAAUGAACUGGACAACUUGGAUUUUGGUGACCUUUUGGAUUAGGAACUACAAAACUCUCCUUCAAGAGGGAAAAAUCUGUGUCCUGCGCUUCCUUGUGAAUAAAAAGCCCGGCAUGGAAAUACUCAUAGCACGUAUCACCCUGGAGGACGCUGAAAACGACAGCGCACAACAACUCGCAGACUUCCAUAACUAAUAAGGACAAAUAAGCAGGUGGAAUCUUGAGAUCUACCAGCCCACCACCGCAGAACAUCUAGCCAAGGGAAGCGGAAAAAGAAGUCGGUUAUUUAGAUUUAGGAGCAUUUGGGGUCUCUGAUAUUUGCCUGUUGAAAUAAUGACACACUAUUUGAAAAUAAAGGAGAAUAAGUGAAUAGUUUA